UCUGUCAGUGUGAGCGUGUGCGGUUGUGUGUGUGUGUGUGUGUGUGUGUGUCUCUGUCUCUGCCUUUAGAAGAGGUGGGGGGGGACACAAGUAUCUGUGGCUGACUCUCACGCUCACAACUCGCUCUCAGGACGCCGGCGAGGAGAGAUGAUCUAGGAGCCGCCGUCCGCUCACCCCACGCUCUCUCUCUCUCUCUCUCUCUCUCUCCCCGUCCGUCUGCCUGCCCAUCAUGACCAGCUUCUACAGCUGCCUGCGGGGGAAUGAUGACUGCGAUAUUAUGGCUUCGGGACCUGAUGUGACUGGCAGUCAGGAGCCCAGCGACCCCCUGGUGGACUGUCCAGGAAAGAAGAAGUCAAAGUUUCAGACCUUCAAGAACUUCUUUGUCCGUAAGAAGCGAAAAGGGGGGGAUGCCCCCCCCGGGGAGGCCGUGUUGAAGGCCAGUCAUUCCUCGGACAAUGUGAGUGACGCCAAGCCCACCGCGGCCGACAGCGACGGCGACACAGACGCGGACGCCGGCCAGAAGGUCAGCAUGGGGAACAAGGCCAAGUCACAUGACAGUGUGUUCGUCACCGAUUCGCCUGCCUCGGAUGGCUCCGAGGACUUGACCUCCACGCAGGACAGUGUCCAGGAGAAGGUGAAGGCCCUGCAGCUGGCGGCUACAGCCUUGGCCUGUAGGGGGUGCAGUGACCUAUCGGUGUCUGACUGCGUCUGGGGGCCUUCCCAACAGCUGCAGCUGAAGCAGAGCAGCCGGCAGGCCACGCCCAUCACCCUCAUCGGUGUGAGGAAGGAUGACGACCCGGGGGCUGUGUCUGAGGACGACGGCCUCCCCUGCAGCCCACCAGAGAUCUCCACCCUGCACGCCGUCCUGGCUGGUCCUUCGCACAAACCCUCGAACUCAGUCCAAAGAAGCAGCUCGCUCAGCCAGGAGGGGUCUGACACUGACGAUGACCAGAUGUCCUUUGAGGCGUCCUCCAGGCCGGUCAGCCCCCCCCACUACCUCCUUGUGGACCUCGGCUGUCCAGCGACCCCAUCAAGCUGCCUGGACAACUCAGCUGCUCGCCACCGCAUCGCUGUCAAGAACCGGGCCUGUGCUAAGCGGAAGCCAGCCAGCAGAGAGUUCCUGGACAGUGGAAGAGAGAGGGAUCUCAGUGGAAAAGUUCCCCGCAGAGGAAUAGAGAAUGAACUGGGUGAUGUUACCCCAGAACCUUCUUCAGCAGAGGAGAAAUAUAAAGAUUUUGCUGUCCAGCAGAUGCACUCUGCUGAGAGGAUUAGUGAAGAGCGGGAGCUCCUGGAUGAGGAAGUGCAGCUGGUCCCAGAGGAGGCGCCACCUGUGAUGGAGCAGUCGGUCCCAGAGGAGGAGCCUCCUAUGUUGGAGGAGCCAGCUGGGCUCCAUCAGUGGCCCAGGAUUGAGUCUGAAGAACAGAACACUGUAGAUGAGAGCUCCUGCUGCGAGGAUGCCCCCUUUCCUCCUUCCUGCUCUACGUCUUCCUCCUUUGUAGAUAACUCGCAGGAAUUUCUCCUGGAUCCAUCCUCAGAGACACAGAAACACCAGGGGAACAGGUCUCUGCUGACAGGUUCUCAAGAGUCUCUGGAUUCCCUAGAGCUCCCCGCUGAGGAUGACACGAAUCUUAUGCUGGAGUUAGGGUGCGAAGCCCCAGUGGAGGAGUCAGGCUCGCUCCUGCAGGAGGUGCUCAGCUCUCUGGAGAAGCCUCUGGUUUCUGGGCUUGUGCUGGAGCCUGAUGCUGAAGGCCAGGAAAUGGAGAAAAUGAGUGAAAGCACAGAGAAGGUAGCGACCUGCCUAGGUGAGGAGUCGGGGCCCUGCAGCCCAACCUCCCAGCACAAGCCGGUGGCACAGGGUGGUCCUAGAAUCUCCAAUGUAGCUGCGGAUCAGGAAGAGGACGAGUCCAGUGCAUCAGGUGAAGGGGAAGAAUGUUCUGAGGAUGAGGGACAUGCUGAGUUGGUGGAGGUCAGUGAUGAAGAUAGUAAAGAAGCAAAGAGUCUUAUAGUUGAGCCAAUCAUGUCAACUGGAGGUGAGAAACACAAGGAAGAUGAAGAAGAGGAAGAAGAAGAUGAUGAUCAUGAUGAGGGUGAUGAUGAAAUGGAUGCAGAAGUGGUUUCAGAGACCCAGGAUCAUGAAUGUCUAGUCGAGGUUGAGAGGCUGAAUACACAUCAGCAGCCUGGGGCCAAUAUCCAGGCAGUUGUUGGUUUGGACUCAGAAAGAGACGGUGGGCCUAGCUCAGAUGAGGUUGUUCAGGUGUCCAGCCAAGGAGAUGGGGACUAUGUCCCGCCUUCAAAAGACAGCUUGUCCAUGACAGACCAGGUGGAGCCUGAACAAUUAAUGCCCAGCACUGAAGAACCUAGCCAAGAUACCAUAAACCUGUCUUCCAGAGCUAGCAUUAGCCUACAGCACAGUGAGGAGGAAAACAGUGCCAAAGAGGAUUCUGGGAAGCAUCCAGUCCGGUUUACUAUUGCUCCAGCAUGGCAGAGGUCACUAUCAGGAGAUGGCUUCAAAGAAGCUUAUUGCCAUGCCCACUCCAUCACUGCAAAGGCUUCUGAGGCAUGUGCUGAAAUCAGACCUGAGCCAGGUACCCCCCUAAAGGCAGAUAUCAGCCAUGGCCACAGCGAUGCAUCUCCGUCUCCUGUGAGAGACCAGGACGUGGGCGCACCUGAGACACCGUUUGGUGUUCGGCUGAGGAAGACUUCUCUUAGGAGCUUCUGCUAUGGCACAGAGGACUCAGGAGAACCUCCUGGAACGGCUAGUGAACCACCAAGAGCCGCCUGCCCUGAGAUGCCCUGCAGCAAGCCUGUCCUGCCCAGGAAACCUGAGCUUCUGGAGGACGACGUAGCCAAGUUCAGGAGGACAGCAGAGCCGGGUGCCGGUCAGUCUCCUGGGGGGAGCAUGGCUUCACCAAGCUGGGUCUAUGUUGCCAAGCAAAAGCAGAGGAUCUUCAGAGAGAAUUCACUGGAGGAAAGUCCAAGCAGGAAAGACCCUUUUGAGAAGGAUGCAGCAUGCAGGAAAAACUUGAGUGUUUCUUCUAAAUCGACUAGUAAGGACCAGGCCAGGAUUUCAAACCCAAAUGCAACUGGUCUUCCUCCCACUGCCCCAUGCUCCCUGGAGAUUUCUAACCCUGCGUCUUCGGACAAAGACGGGAAGCGGGCCAUGAUGUCGGCAUCCCCCGCAGCCCUGGGCCCGGAGGAGCCCCCCUGGUUGGCGCUGGCCAAGAAGAAGGCUAAGGCCUGGAGCGAGAUGCCCCAGAUGGUGCAGUGACUGAGCGGCGGGGGCCAUCCGCCCCGCCCCCCUCCCCCAACUUUUCCUGUGAAAAGACACGGAUCACGUUUGCACGCAAAGCGCCGUUACGUGUUUCAACAUUCACUCUUCAUUGGUGACACCUUUUGGGUUGUAGGUCUGAGAUGAGCUUUUAAAAACAAAUAUAUAUUACCACUUCUGCUGUGAAAUCCCCCCCCCCAUUUCCAAAUUAUGUUCUGUACAUGUACUCCAUGUACACCAUGCCAAACGUCCUCCAAAGACCAGCCUUACACCCACAUCCAGGAGCUGGGUGGAGUCCUUCAAUGGGUUUUGUAUUUAUUUCUAUUUUUAUACCCCCCCCCCUUUUUUUGGGGUUUGUAUUGAGUUUGCUAUUGCCUUUAAAAAUGCACACAUCAUCAUGUGAUUUUGUAUAUAAAUUAUCAAGAAAAACAAAAUGAAAAAAUGCAGAAUUCACAUGAUUUUCUUUAAACCAAUUUAUUAUGCUGGGAUAAACGCACAUUAUAUUGUGCAGUUACGUUUUCUUCCUGAAGGGGGGUUAUAACUGUGUCCAAAUACUUAUGUAACCUAUACUUUCAUUUCUUUUUUAAAGUUCCCGCAUUUUCACUGAGAACUCCUUAUUAUGACUGAUUACACAUUAUUUUUACAAGCGUUUCGUAAUAUUUUUUCUGGAGUAUCUUUACUGAUGUUUUUGAAGAAAUUAUAAGCACUUUUCAGCUGUUUAAUCCAUUGUUUAGAGGAUUUUACACUGGGAAGUUUUGCAUUUCAAAUGAGCUUUUUUUUCUUACAGAUCUCAAUUAUAUGAAAACAUUGACAGCAGGGAUUAUUACAUUGUUAAUAAACUUUAUAUUACUACUCUA